AUGGCGGAGGAAGGGCGCUCAGAGCCCGGCAUGUGGCAGACUCUGGUCCCCGUUCUGGAUGCGGUCAUCCUGCUGACGGGUGUGGUGGGGCACAGUCUCGUGGUGGUGACCCUGACUGGGCGGGGCAGGAGGGCGGGGGCGGUGCGAGGACCCCCCCAGGGCACCGACACCCUGCUGCUGGCCCUGAGCGGGGCCGACCUGCUGCUGCUGGCCUGCCUGCCCUUCCACACCGCCGCCAUCGCCCUCGGCCGCUGGCCCUUCGGACACUUCCUGUGCAAAGCCAUCAGCUUCCUGGGCGUGGCCUGCUCCUCGGCCAGCGUCUUCACCCUCUCGGCGCUGGCCGUGACGCGGUACCUGGUUGUGGUGCACCCCGCCUGGGCGUACCGCGCGCGGCUGCUGCGGAGGCCGUGGCUGGUGCCGGCGGGGCUCUGGCUGCCCGCCGUGGCCCUGGGGGCCCCCCAGUUCAUCUUCCGCACCGUGGGCUCCUCCACGCAGCUCAGCUGCUUCGCCUUCCUGUCCGGCGUCAGCCAGCUGAUCUACAGCACGGCGCUCUUCCUCCUGGGCUUCGCCCUGCCCCUGCUCGUCAUCGUGCUCAUGUACGCCAAGAUCUACCUCUUCCUGCGGCGCGCCCGGGCCUCGGCCCACGCCCCCCGGCUGCAGCGCUACCAGAGCCGGGUCACGCACACCUCCGCCCUGCUGGUGCUGGUGUUCACGCUGUGCUGGCUGCCCUCCUACGCCCUCAUGCUCAGCCUGGUGGGCCGCACCCUGGCCGAUGCGCCCAGCUACGGCACCUUCGCCAUCUUCGCCCGCCUGCUGGCCUCCUCCGCCACCGUGGCCAACCCCGUGCUCUACGUCUUCAUGUCCCGCAAGUUCCGGAAGGACCUGCUGGCUCUGGGGCGGGGGCGGUGCUGUGGGCGGGCGGACACGGUUCGGCCGCUGGACCCCGCCCAGGCGGGAGAGGUCCCCCAGAGCUAG